AUGUUUAUGAGGGCAGCCGCGGACUCACCGCGGGGGCCGGCAGCGCGGGGCGCGGCGGGCGGCGGGCGCGGCGCCGGGGCGGCGGCGAGCGGCUGCCCUCCGAGUCCUGGUCGCUUAUGAGGACGACGCUGUCGGCCAUCUUCGCGGCGGGCGGCGGCUCGGCCCCCCACGGGGCCGCAGCGGCGGCGGCAGCGCUCGGGCCGCGGGCCGGCGGAAGCUGCGUCAGUGGCGGCGGCCGCGGGGCGGGGCGGCGGCGGCGGCCCCGGUGGCGCCAUGGCGCUGUCGCCCUACGUACAGGCCAUGCAGGAGCUGUUCCGCGCCAACACGCGGAGCCGCGAGUUCCCGGCGCACGGCGCCAAGGUGCACUCGGUGGCCUGGAGCUGCUGCGGCCGCCGCCUCGCCUCCGGCUCCUUCGACAAGACCGCCAGCGUCUUCCUGCUCGAGAAGGACCGGCUGGUGAAGGAGAACAACUACCGGGGCCAUGGGGACAGUGUGGACCAGCUUUGCUGGCACCCCAGCAACCCUGACCUCUUUGUCACAGCAUCCGGGGACAAAACCAUCCGCAUCUGGGACGUCCGCACCACCAAGUGCAUCGCCACUGUCAAUACCAAAGGGGAGAACAUCAACAUCUGCUGGAGCCCUGAUGGACAGACCAUUGCCGUAGGGAACAAGGAUGACGUGGUCACCUUCAUUGAUGCCAAGACACAUCGCUCCAAAGCUGAGGAACAGUUCAAGUUUGAGGUGAAUGAGAUUUCCUGGAACAACGAUAACAACAUGUUCUUCCUCACUAACGGGAACGGUUGCAUCAACAUUCUCAGUUAUCCAGAGCUGAAACCCAUUCAGUCCAUCAACGCCCAUCCUUCAAAUUGCAUCUGCAUCAAGUUUGAUCCCAUGGGGAAGUACUUCGCCACGGGCAGCGCUGAUGCGUUGGUCAGCCUCUGGGAUGUGGAUGAACUGGUGUGUGUGAGGUGCUUCUCACGGCUUGACUGGCCCGUGCGGACGCUCAGCUUUAGCCACGAUGGGAAGAUGCUGGCAUCGGCAUCAGAAGAUCACUUCAUUGACAUUGCAGAGGUGGAGACAGGAGAGAAGCUCUGGGAGGUGCAGUGCGAGUCCCCCACCUUCACAGUGGCCUGGCACCCGAAGAGGCCGCUGCUGGCCUUCGCCUGUGAUGACAAAGAUGGCAAAUACGACAGCAGCAGGGAGGCAGGAACUGUCAAGCUCUUCGGGCUCCCCAAUGACUCCUAAGGAAUCUGCACCGGGGGAGGCAGCGCUCACCUGCUCUGGGGAUGGGAGGGUGCUUAGUUAGUGUAGGUCAGGGUAAGGAAAUGACUCCCCUCCUUGCCUGCUUGGCAGUGCUGCGACCUCCGGCUCAGCUCAGCACAUUCUGCUCUCGGGAGCAUUGGUGAAAAAGCAGCUCGUGUGCUGGGGAGGUUGGGGGGUGCUGGCAGGGCCCCCCAUGCCCUCCGAGGGCUGCUGCCUACUCUCUGGGGCACGGGGGGCUUGGUUCAAAGGCAGGUGGCCAAAGAAAGUGUGUCACUGAAGGUGACUGCUGAGGAGCCUCCCAUGAGAGGAGCUCCGCAUGGGCCAGGCUCCCCAGCACUGCUCAGCUACGUGUUGUCCCCUUGUCCCCAAGGGCUGGGUGGCAAGGGCAAGCACAGCCUGCCCCUCCCAGAUGUCCCGUGUUGCUUCCCUGCACUGGGGCAGCACGGGGAGGGUGGGGGGAUGUGAACUGGGGGAUGUUUCCCCAUCUGGGGCUUUUUCUUUUGUUUAUUUUGUGGGGUUUUUUUAAUGUAUGUGGUGGUUUUUUCUAAUUUUGAUAAAUCCUCUUCCAUAACGAAGGCGCCUGUGGCUGCUCUGGGGGCAGAAGCGGGUGCUGAGCUGCUCUCCUUUCCCCUUCCUCCUUCUCCUUGGCCAUGGCAGGGCGCCCCGAGGGGUCUGUGUGGAGGGUCUGUCCCCUUCGUCCCUGUCCCCUCUCGCUGUCUCCCGUCCUGCGCUGUCAUCCCACCAGAGGGCGCUGCGCCCCCGCGCUGGGGACAAGUGGCACCAGCGACACUGACGGGAUGGGGACAGCCACAGGGACCUGUCCAGUCCCGUAUCCCUGCUCCCAUCUGGCAGCACGGAUGGAGCAGGAGUGGCCCCAGCAGAAGGCGCUGCCUGUCCCGUGCCACGGCCACCAGCUGUGGGCAGAGCCCUUCCCUGCACCCCUGCCAGGGGGGACAAGUAGCGUGUCCCCUGCCCCUGCUCCCCAGGGAGAGCUGGGGGGCUUUUCCUCCCCCUGUGGUGGCACUGUGGUCCCAGGGCAGGCAGUCACCGCAGAGGAGUGGGUGCAGCCUGCCUGCGAUGGAGACCUUGCCUGCAAGAUCUCUAUCAUUUCCUACUCUCAUAUUUUUUUCUGACAGAAGCUUUUCCAGGUGACUACUCUGGUGAUGCCGCCUGCGUAACAGCUGAGCUCUUUGCUGCUAAAUGAUGGCAAAUCAGUCAAAGCUGAGGCUGGCUCCGGGUGGAGGCUUCCCAGCACUGCCAAGGGUCCUAGGGGGGCACAGUGUGCCCCAUCGCCCAGGGCCUGCCUGUAGUCUCGUGCCCUGCUCUUGUGGGGGCAGAAGGCUGUGACCCACCAAAACCAGCCCAUGUACCCAGGGAUAUGCCCAGUCAUUCUGUGAGGGGAGUCCCAGAAUCAGGGGGAAGGGGCAGAAGCCCCUUGCCAUGUCUGUGGGGCAGUGGCCCACCAGCACCCAUCCCUUUUGCCUUGUCCCCAACCCUGGAGAGGUACCUGCAAGGUGGAUGGGGUGUGUGGAGGCAGCUGCAGUGCACAGGGCUGUGGGAGCUGCGGGAGGCCUCUCCCUUCAUCUAUGGCCUUGCUGGGGCCCUGUGGCCUCCCCUAGCGUGAUGAGCUGCCAGGUCUCAGCCCAGAGGGGGCUGAAGGGGCGAGGGAGCUGCCGCAGGACCCCAGGGGAGCAGGGACUGAGAAGAAGCCAGAGCAAUGUACAAAUCCUUUUAUUAUAUUAUUUUGUCAAAGACUA